UUAUGCGGUGCAUUCUUUGGCCCUCAUUGCUGAUUCCUUCCAUAUGCUGAACGAUAUCUUCUCGCUGGUGAUUGCUCUGUGGGCCGUUAGAGUCGCCACCACGAAGAACGCCGAUGCCCGUUACACGUACGGGUGGAAGCGUGCGGAGAUCUUGGGUGCGCUGGUCAAUGCUGUGUUCCUGUUGGCGCUGUGUUUCUCCAUCCUGAUCGAGGCCAUCCAGAGAUUGAUAUCUCCAGCCAUCGUCACGAACCCGAAGCUGAUCCUGUACGUGGGGUCCGCAGGACUGGCCUCGAACAUCGUGGGCCUCGUGCUGUUCCACGAACAUGGCCAUUCGCACGGCGGCGGAGGCCAUGGUGGACAUUCCCAUUCUCAUGGACAUGACAUUGACGAGGAGUCCACUGUGGGCGCGUUGCUGCCAGAAACCGUCGUGAAGAGAUACGACGAGAGAUCCUCUCUUCUGGCAGGCAGUGGCAGUGCCCGUGAAGAGGCACAUUCCUCCUCUUCCGCUGCUGUAAACGAGCCACACUCACACUCGCACGGAGAUUCACACAAUGACGACCAGGACUUGAAGCCGCAGAAGAAGAGAAAGUCCUUGAACAUGCACGGUGUCUUCCUCCACGUACUGGGCGAUGCCCUUGGUAACGUGGGUGUUAUCGUCACUGCUCUCUUCAUCUGGAAAACGGAUUAUUCCUGGAAGUACUAUGCGGAUCCUCUUGUCUCUCUUCUCAUCACUGCAAUCAUCUUCUCCUCUGCGCUACCUCUGUGCCGUAGAGCAUCAAGAAUCUUGCUUCAAGCCACACCAACAGACGUAUCUGCUGAUGAGGUCCAAAGAGAUAUUCUGAACUUGGAAGGUGUCAAAUCUGUACACGACUUCCACAUUUGGAACUUGACGGAGGAUAUCUUCAUCGCUUCGUUGCACGUAGAAGUGGACUCAAAUCCAGAAGUGUUCUUGGUGAUUGCUUCUGAGAUUCGUGCAAUCUUACACAACUAUGGUAUCCACUCUGCUACAGUGCAGCCAGAGUUUACAGGUAAGGAUCACAUCUCUGCAGAGGUUUAUCAACAGUUCACCAAGAUUGCGUCGGGGAAAUUCACAAGACAAGCCUCAUCAGAUGCACUGGGCUCCACAACAACCUCGUCCGUCAACGGAGAAGGUGGUGUUGCACCUUAUGGAUCAAAUAAUGGAAACUGU